AUGGCAACUCACGCUACUUACCCAAGCCUACGAGGCAAGACCGUGCUUAUUACAGGUGGCGCAGAAGGCAUUGGCGCUGCCACAGUGGAGUUGUUCACGCUACAGGGCAGCCAGGUCAUCUUCAUCGACAUCGCUGAGCCUUCGGCUAAAAAGACAAUUGACCGCGCUUUAUCGCGCGCGAAAGACGCCAAUGUUCAAGCCAAAGCACCCAUAUUCUACAAUUGCAACGUUUCAGAUUUAGCAAAGCUACAAGACACGGUCAAGAGCAUCCAAGAUAAACAUGGGAUGAUACAUAUCUUGGUCAACAAUGCUGCGGCUGCUGGAAACAGAGCCAGGCUCGAAACAGAAAAUGUCAGGCCUGAAGAUUGGGAAGUAAACAUCAACACCAAUCUUCGGCAUGUUUUCUUCAUGAGCCAAGCUGUUCUUCCGGCUAUGAGAGAGGCAAAGAGCGGGAGCAUCAUCAAUCUUGGGUCAAUCACCUGGCGCAUCCCCGCUCAAGGAACUCCAGAAUAUGGCAAGUACAACAUUCGCAUCAAUAGUGUCAUGCCUGGUGCCAUUGCGACUCAGCGGCAGAGGGAUGAGGUUCUCACGCCCGAGUAUCGUGAAGAGGUUAUGCGCGGCCAGAGUUUGCAGCGAGAUCUAGAGCCGGAGGAAGUAGCUAAAGUGAUUGUAUUCUUAGGUAGUGAUGAAGCUAGUGGAGUGACUGGUAGUUCUUAUGUUGUUGAUGGCGCGACACAAAUCCUGGAGAACAUUCGUUCUGGUAAUCUCACAGUUGAGCAGUAUGCUUCAUCACUACUUGAGCGAAUCAAGCAACGAGAUGACGAUGUCAAAGCUUGGGCGUAUCUUGACCCAAAAUCUGUUUUGGAACAGGCUAGAGCAUUAGAUCAAGUGCCAAAGUAUCAGCGAGGACCACUGCAUGGCCUUCCUGUUGGGAUCAAGGACAUCAUAUUGACCAAAGAUAUGCCGACCGAACAUGGUUCAACUAUCUAUAAGAACGAUCAUCCCGUAAUCGACGCCGGAUCGGUCAUGGUUCUCCGUCAAGCAGGAUGCCUCAUCUUCGGUAAAACUACAACAACCGAGUUUGCCGCAUCCUUCACGGGUCCAGCUACUCGCAAUGCACAUAGUGCCGCUCAUACCCCAGGAGGCUCCUCAGCCGGUUCAGCCGCCGCAGUAGCAGACUUUCAGAUCCCCGUUGCUCUUGGUUCACAAACUGUAGGCUCCAUUGUUCGACCAGCUGCAUUCAACGGCAUCUACGGUUUCAAGCCUACAUGGGGAACUAUCACGAGAGAGGGACAGAAGUUCUGUGCUCCAACUGUUGAUACUAUUGGCUUCUUUUCCCGAAGCGUUUCGGAUUUUGAGAUACUAAGUGACGUGUUUGCUUUACACGAUGAUGAGAACAGCACGUUUGAUAAUAUCAAAGGUUUGAAAUUUGCUGUAUGUCGGACGUCGAAGUGGGACUUGGCUGGAGAGGGCACGAUCGCGGCUAUGGAUAAAGCUGUAGAGCUUCUCAAAGCACAUGGCGCCGAAGUUGAAGAGCUUGAUCUCGGUCCAGACUUUGACCAAGUCAUUGACUGGCACUUUACCCUCGUACGCCUUGAGGGUGCAACGAGCCUGUGGCCAGAGUAUUACCAAGACAAAGAUAAGCUUGAUCCAGUGUUGGCUAAAGGUGUUGAAGAGAAGCACAGAAUCUCACGAAAGGCCCAGCUCGAUGCUUAUGAUGGGCUUGCAGCUCUACGACCCCGGUUCGACAAGAUGGCAGAUAAGUAUGUCGCUGUGCUAGUUCCGAGUGUCUUCGACGAAGCUCCUGAAGGCCUUGGAAACACAGGAAGCCCUGUUUUUGCAGCGACUUGGACGUGGUCAAUAUUCCAGGUUUUCGUGGGAAGAGUAACUUACCUGUUGGAGUUUCUCUUGUGUGUGCGAGACUUCGUGAUCGUCACCUCCUCAAGGUGA